GCUGUUCAUUGUUUUGACUGUGUGCGGCGCACAGGUUUUGCCUGGGUCGCAGCUUCGUUCUCCGAUCAGUUCCGUUUGUGGAAUGAAACCGCUCGUUCUGCGCUGGCUUCUGCCCACUUCGUUGCUUUCCAUCCUAUACGCGUGUGUUUCCGAGCGCUUUUCUUUCGAGUAGUUUGGGCUUUACUAUCGGUCCAAGGAACUACAAGCGGCUACUGACGUAUCGUUCUGACGUCCAUUUCCCCAGCCAACCCCGCCGCGCACGUGUGUGUGUGAGAUUAUUGUUAUUAUUGUGCUUUGUGACGCAUAUAACGGCAAAAGCGGGGUGUGUUUGCCAUUAGAGAAGUUUCGCUCCGGAAAAAGCGACAGGUGUCGAUGACGGAAAGCUGAAGGUGUCGGGCAUUGUAAACAAAUCAAAAUACAUAUUUAAAACCGUGCUAGGUCUCUGUCAAAAAAUCGCGUCAGUUAAACGAUGGAAAAUCCCCAUCCAAAUGAAAAAAGGGCCUGCGCAAGCUUUUAAUAGCCAUUGCUACGCGAGAGACAUUAAAAAACAAUUAAAUGUGCCCUCGCCAUCGAUAUAAUCAGCAACCGCCAAACUUAUUAGCUCAACAGUGAACUAUUUGCUUAAGCAUCCUCUGGCACCUGUUGAAAAUGAUGCUAAAUAAACACGAGGGAUACCAACGCACAAGCCAAAUGUUCCCCCACCAGCAGCACCAGAUGCCGCAGCUGCAUCAGCAGCCUCAUCUUCAACAGUCGCUGUCCCAGAACUUCCAGCCACUGCAAUACGGAACGGGAGUAGGUGCUUCGGCGUCAGGGUCCGCCGAGGCCACGGCAGACCUUCUCAAGGCUGAGCGGGAGUCCAUACACUCCGGCCAGUUUAUGGUCUCGCACUUUGAGGCCGAGGAAGCGCAGGACGACCUGGAGGAUGACGGCGAGGUGAAGAUGCUUGACCCCGAGGACCCCGGUCUCGGCAAGCCGGGCGAGCCAACCAACACAUGUCGCGACGUGCAGCUGUACGUGCCCCAGACAGUGGCCCACUUUAGCGCCAUGGACCAGGAGGGCGACGAGAGCAGCAUGAGCAUGGUGACCUCCCAUCUGGAGAUAGAGACCUCGCUCACCAAACUCUUCAAGUGCAUGAAUCUGGCCUACAGUCAAAAACUUACAUCACCUAAAUGGAAUCAUUUCAAAGGAGUACGACUUCGGUGGAAGGACAAAAUUCGCCUGAACAAUGUCAUCUGGCGUUGCUGGCACAUGCAGUUCAUACAAAAGCGCAGAACCCCGGUGUGUCAAUUUGCGUCGCCGCUGGACGUUGACAUACAUAGUAAUCCUCAAACUGUUGUUCUUGAAGGAAAGUACUGGAAACGGCACUCAGCUGUAAUUAAAGCCGAAUACAGAAAAUGGCGUAGAAACUAUCGGUCGAAGGCUACGGGGUGCUUAACAUAUGAUUCGAAAAGUGAAUUGGACUUUUUGGAAUGGUCGCCACUGAACGAUAGGAACUUAAUGCCAGACGAUUGGACCACAGACACUUUAUUCUCGGCUAUAAACGUUCCAUUCCCGUUUCCUGAUUCUAGGGAAAUCGCGCGCGGCGCGGGCAUCGCAGACUUUAUACAGCCCAGUCUGGGUCCCUUGCAACCGAAUUUAGAUGACAUCGACAUUAGUUUUUCAGACUUGAUUCCAACCACACGCUUGCCUCCAGUUCCUGAAGAGGGAACCGACGCUGAAAUGCUCAAGAACGACGAAUAUUGCCUGUCAGCGAUUGUCGGGGCUCCUCAUACGUUGUAUUGCAAUGAUAGCAUAAUGGAUGUAGUAAAUAGCAGUAAUAGUGGCGCUGUAAAUGUGGAUGCAAGCAUGCUGGAGCUCAACACGCCCAUAAAUAACAUGUCGUACAGUGAGGUAGAGCAACGAUUUUCUGCUGCACGUCAGGUGCAGCAAUCCACCAAUGAUUCUCAGCUUCUUGGAGACCCGAGUUCAAUGUCCGGACGGAUACACGGAGGCAAGCAUUUCGGAACUUCCAGCGCAAACGACAACAGCAGCAAUAGGUGCGUUAUUAACGGACGCGUGGCCAAGAGCACUCAGCGGCCAUUCCGACGCGAGCCUCACAAUUACGACAAGGCUCAGCCCACAUUGCACCAGACGAACCUUUAUCAGCAGAUGUUGGCCGAACAGCAGAAGAACCAGCAGCAGCAACACGUGGUAGUCCCUUCUUUUCAGGCUCCCCAGCAACAGCAGCUCGCUCAGCAACCCUUUUCGGCCCAGGCGACAAACGCCUUCAAUAAUCAGAGUUUUAUAACCAGUUACGCGGAUAACUAUCAGCAACAGCAUCAGCAGCAACUCAACGUCAAGGUGGAGCCUCUACAUGCAGAUGUGCUGUCAUUACUAAACGACAAUGCAUACAACUCUAUUGGCUACAAGCCCUAUCCGCAAUUUAAGAAGUCCGCCUCGACGGGAACUUUUCUGAAUGUUCCCAGGCAAACGCAGCAGCAACCAAGUUAUCUGCAGCAAGAACCCCCGCAAAUGCAACAGUCGCUUCCCGUAGGCCUGGGCAAUCAACAACUUCUGCAGCUAACACGUCAGCAGCAGCUUAGCAAUACACAGCAACAGCAUCAUCAAUCCACGGUGGCUAGCUUGUUGCAGCAGCAGCACCACCAGCAAAACCACCAGCAACAGCAACUUCAAACUGCUGUCAGCUCAGCCACAUGGGUGUCGCCAAACACCAUUUUGCCUAAAGAAAUCUAUCGCUCCAACAGCUUGCCACUAAAUGUUUCGCUUAAUAAACUGCCCGAUGGUCGACAGCUGCAUCAUGAGCAGCCCUUUGCAGUGCCCAAGUAUCACUCCAAGGGCAAGUCGAGGGUGCGCAGUAAUUCGAUGCACCAGCAACACACUUCUGUGGUGUCUGCAGCCGGAGCGGGAAGUUCUUCAUUAAGCGCACAUAGCUGCAGCAACCUGCUGGUCACCCAGCAAAUGCAGCAGGCAACCAGCGAUCCCAUGCUAAACAGCACCCUGGCUCAAUUGCUCACUUCGAAUUCACGCCUGCAAACAGCAGUGGCGAACAGUUCGCCAUCAAAUUCAUCUUCCGUUAGUGCCAUAGCCACCACUACCAACAACAUCAAUGCGCCUCCGGUUCUGUACGCUAAUGUCACAUCACCGUUGUCGGUUCCGGUGCCAACACCGCAACAGUCACCAAAAAAGUCCGCCUCCUUGCCUAUGGCUAUCAACUCUGCACUGCACAGCCCCCCUCUAGGGAGCAAAAUACACGGUUUUGGGCUGAGCACAGCUAACGUGGGCAGUAAUAGCUUGAGUUUGUCACCGGAAUCGCCGUUUCACGAGUCUCAGGAUUCCCCACUGUCACCCACGACCAGCCUUAAAUUACAGCCGAGAGACACGCAGCGUCGUGCUGGUCACAUCCAUGCCGAGCAGAAGCGGCGGUACAAUAUAAAAAACGGAUUCGACACUCUACACGCGCUUAUACCACAGCUACAGCAAAAUCCCAACGCCAAGUUAAGCAAGGCGGCCAUGCUGCAAAAGGGAGCGGACCACAUAAAGCAACUGCGACAGGAGCGCAAUGUUUUAAAGGAUAAAAUUGAAGCUCUGCGUAUGGAGCGAGACGAGCUAAACAAUUCGCUAACGCACCUUCACUCAAUUUUGCCAGCUAAUGGAGCACCUGUAACGAGGCAGGGUACGGAACAUGUUCGGCAGCUUUACGACAUUUAUGUGCGAUACAAUACAAUGAACGAUUGGAAGUUUUGGAUUUUGGGUCUGAUUCUGGAACCUUUGCUUGCCUCUUACACGUCAACAGUCUCGAGUGCUAGUCUGGAUGAGCUACGUCGGACCGCUUUCCUCUGGGUUGAUCAGCACUGUUCCCUUAUUGAUCUUCGUCCAGCUGUUACAAAUAAAUUGAAGUACCUAUCUAUGCAUACGGAUAUUGUAUCGGAUCCACCCAGUACCUUGCAAGAAGAGGUGGCCAAAGCCCUCCAGAAUUCAAGUGGCCAACAUCCAAAUCUGCAUGGCCCCUAACCGUUGGUGUUGAUGUCCGUGAUAUGAAUUUAUUUAAUUCAAUCUUUAUUUUAAAAAAUAACUUCGAGAACUGUGCAGCACUAAUUGUACAAAAUGCCUAAUAAGCAUAUUUUUAUACAAGAAAUGGGCAGCCGGCAACCAAUAAAUCCGCAAAGCAGCAAUUAGUGCCUAAAUUCUUGACUUAAGCGUAUAAUAAACUAACGAUUUUACAAGA